CGGCUCGGUUUAGGUGCACCUAGAACUAGAAAAACGUGACAGGUACUGGUUGCCUGGUUCCGUGGAGUUCCGAUCCAUCCAACCGCCGCCUUCCCUCCGGCCGUGCAACGCAACGCUGCAGUUCUUUCUUUCUGCAAAGGAGCAGAGAAGCCCCCGCAAAAGCAGCAGCCCGCACACAGGCCACGCACCCUGCACCCAGCACCAGCGAGCGCGCAGAGGAGUCACGCGACUCCCAGGUGAGGAACCCGGGCUGAGAGCUCCGAGCCAGCCGGAUGGGCUCCAGCAGCCCGGCGGUGCCCGACCCCGCCCUCGCCCUCGGCCUCCGCCACCCGGGCGCCCUCGCCCGCCGCAUCGCCAUGGCGCGCGGCGCCGCCGUCGCGCCGGCGCUCCGCCCCUGGCUCGCCGACGCCGUGCCCCUCGUCGUCGUCGUCCUCAUCGCCGCGCACGUCCUCGCCCUCGGAUACUGGAUCUACAGGCUUGCAACAGACGGCUCCAAGCUGCCUGGGCGGAGCAAGAAGCACUAGGCGGUAGCUAUCGCGGUGGCUGCUGGUCUUGCCUGCAUCCUCUGGUGUUGAUCCCCAAGGUUUCCAAUGUGAAGUGAUGGUGUGGCAACAUGAGAGAACUGAAGAUAUGGAAUCAGUCAGUUCUGGUGAUUUUUUUGGAUGUUGGUUUCAGAAGUGACGUGAGCUGGUGUGUGAAAGAGGGACCUUAUGGUAAUAUAUGAUCAUAUAGAUAGUUUUGAGUUUUUGAAAAGGUUCCCCUUAGGUGAUGUUUCCCUGUCAAGACACGUAGCUAGCUGAGUGCUCUUGUUUUUCAUCUGAUGUGGGCUUGUAUAAUCUUAUGGGCAGCUUUUUCUUUGCUCCGAACCACGUUAGUUUCAGCCUAAGUGUCAGUUUGAUGGGACUUGUUUUUAUGAAGAGUUUUAGCACCCGAAAAGAUCGGUGUUUAGUUCA